UUUCAGGAUUGCAUUGUCUAAAAUUUUGUCAACCCGCAUGUCCUCCACCACAGAAUGGCAGACGAAAUAAAAACAUUAGAAAUAUGGUCGGGGGACUGGGGCUUACCUUCGAUUGAUUAUAAAUGUUUAGCUGUCAAGGCAUACUGCAAGUUUUCAGGAAUACCAGUAAAAGUUAUACCAAGAAGUAAUCCAUUGAGAUCACCAUCUGGUAAGUUGCCUGUUUUCAAGGAUGGAGACACAGUAAAAUCCGAUGUUAUAAGCAUUUACAAUUACUUAAAAGAACAGAAUUGUGGAAAUGAUGUAUCGUUAUCCAGGAGGAUUCAAGCAGAUAACAAAGCUUUCGUUCAUUUCCUGGAAGAAAAAUUAAAACCUGCAUUUUUACACAGUUGGUGGGUAGAUGCCCAGGCGUACACGGAGACCACUCGACCACUCUAUGCCAGAAUGUGUGGGUUUCCACUCAGCCUCUAUGUACCACAGAAAAUGAUGUCCUCAGCUACAGACUCUGUGUACACACCACUCACGAAGCCAGAUCUGACUGAACAGGAGAUUGACAAACUGAUAUAUAAAGAAGCUAAAGAAUGUAUAAAUCAUCUGUCCUACAAACUGGGAGAACAAGACUUUUUCUUUGGAGAUAUUCCCACAUCAUUAGAUGCCAUGGUAUUUGGAUACAUUGCUCCUCUUAUAAAGGGACCACUGACUAACAACCAACUGGUCAUACAUAUCAAGAACUGUCCAAACCUCUGUAACCAUACUGACAGAAUAUUAUCCAGGUUCUUUCCACAGUCUCAAGAGGAAAUGGAGAGGAUAAAGAAGAAAGAGCAAGAAAAAAGUGAGGCACUAAAGAAAGAUGCACUGGACUUUCCAAACAAAACUCGCAAUAUGAUUUUGGCAGGAAUAUUUGCCUUGUCAGCAAUGAUGGCCUUUGCGUAUUCUUCAGGAGUUGUAAGAAUACAAGACAAUACAAAUGAUCCAGAUUUUGAGGGGGAGGAUGAGGGAGAUGACGGGGAUGCUUGAUCUGUGUGUUUACCACAAUAAAUAAGAUAACCUGUCAUAAUAAGUUAUAAACUGUAUGUCCAAAAGACAGGUUAAAAAAUUAUUUUACAACCUUUGUGAUUUACUAUGUUAUUGCAAGACUGUUCUUUGUGAUAAAAUUUUUUGGCAUUACAUGUAUAUGUAUACCAAGUAAAUCACAAUGCAGUUUGUUAUACUAAUAUUGUAUCCAUGACUGCUUAAAUGUUUAAUACAGGUAUUUCAAUAAUUUAUAAAUGUGCAGUGCUUAGGAAUGGUAGUAUGUAUGAAAAUGCAUUACAAAUAAAAAGAAAGGGUAAUUUUCAA